AUGAAGCUGAAUAAAUCCUUCCCAGUCACUGGCUGCCAGAAACUCAUCAAAGUGGACAAUGAACGCAAACUUCGUACAUUCUAUGAGAAGCACAUGGCCACAGAAGUAUCUAUUGCUUCUCUGAGUGAAGAGUGGAAGGGUUAUGUGGUGCAAAUCAGUAGUGGGAAUGACAAACAAGGUUUUCCCAUGAAGCAAGGUGUUUUGACCCAUGGCAGAGUGUGCCUGCUGUUGAGUAAGGGGCAUUCUUUCUAUAGACCAAGGAGAACUGGAGAAAGGAAGCGCAAGUCUGUUAGAGGAUGCAUCGUGGAUGCCAAUCUGAGUGUUCUCAACUUAGUUAUUGUAAAAAAAAAAAAAGGAGAGAAGGAUAUUCCUGGACUGACAGAUACUACUGUUCCUCGUCGGUUGGGACCUAAAAGAGCUAGCAGAACCCAAAAGCUUUUUAAUCUCUCUAAAGAAGAUGAUGUCCGCCAAUAUGUUGUGAGAAAGCCUUUAAACAAAGAAGAUAAGAAGCCCAGGACCAAAGCGCCCAAGAUUCAGCAUCUUGUUACUCCUCAUGUCCUGCAACACAAAUGGCGUAUUGCUCUGAAGAAACAAGGAACAAAGAAAAACAAGGAGGAGGCUUCAUCCCAGAGAUGCAGGGAUGGUAAACUUUUGGCUAAGAGAGUGAAGGAAGCCAAAGAAAAGCGCCAGGAACAGAUCGACAAGAGAUGUAGGCUUUCCUCGCUGAGAGCUUCUACUUCUAAGUCUGAGUCCAGAAAACAAAAUAAGUCUUUAAGGGACUCAGGGGUGUGGCCUUCCAUUGUUCUGGGUGGCUUCAUAAGAAAGUGCCUCUGCGCUCUGAGCCAGAACAACUCAGGCUUCAGAAUGGCAAAGGCAACCAAGAAAUCACAGGAUCCGUCCACAGACAUCAAGCCAACAACCUCAAGUGCCAAGUCAAAGAAAGCCAAGAUUCGUCGAGAGCCUAAAGCCGGAAUUUGUAGCAAGGUGGAUGGUGCCUCUACUUCCAGAAACAGUGGAAAGGUUCAAAAGACUUACAAGAAGGACAAGAAAACCCCACCGCGGAACACAAAAAGAAAGGCUUCUGAGAACAUUAAACUCCCUACAAAGAAGACCAAAAGGGCCAAUGAGAAAGCACUAUUUGGGCACUACCACCGCCUAAUGGAAGAAAUGACUAGUACAGAGACUGAACCAGACCAAAGCAGCAUAGGGAGUUCCAGUGCCUCAAUGAGUGACCUGGAAAGCCAAUAA